AUGACAUGCCUACGGGACUACUUCCAGAGCGGCAUUCUCCUCGACGGCCGCUACGAGACCAUCUCUCCUCUCAAUCAUGGUUCCUUCGGCAUGGUCUUCCUGGCGCGGGAUAUCCAUACGGACGAGAAGGUUGCCAUCAAGUGCCUGACCAAGAAGGCAGCUGCCGACGAUGCCGGGUUCGACUUCGCCGUUGACGACAAAUCGGAGGAGCAACUUUUCCAUCAGCGCCUAGGAUCCCACCCGAACAUCGUCAACCUGCUCCACUCCUUCGAGACCGAUUUCCACACCUAUCUCGUUCUGGAGUAUUGUUCUCGAGGCGAUCUUUAUGAGGCCAUUCGGAACGGCCAUGGCCCUUUGGAGACUGAGCACGUCCGCCAGUUCAUGCUAGAACUCGUCGAUGCUGUUGCGUAUAGCCAUGGCAAGGGUGUCUACCAUCGAGACAUUAAACCCGAAAACAUCUUCCUUACCCAGUCCGGCUCUAUGAAACUGGGUGAUUUUGGGCUUGCCACCACCGACAAUUGGACUCUGGAAACGACAGUCGGUAGUGACCGCUACAUGUCUCCGGAGCAAUAUGACUCGGCCGGGGCCGGAUACUCGCCUGCCCAAGCCGAUAUAUGGGCUAUUGGCAUCUGCCUUCUCAACGUGCUCUUCUCUCGAAAUCCUUUCACCACGCCGACCGAGGCGGACCCGCUCUUCCUCGACUUCUCGCGCGACAAACAAUCGCUCUUCGACGUGUUCCCUUCCAUGUCCCAGGACACGUACGAAGUCAUCGUGCAGUGCAUGAACUUGGACCCCCGGAAGCGUUCGCUUGUGGGAGCUCGUGCUGCACUCCUCCGUGUCGUCAGCUUCACCACGUCCGAGGAGGACAUCGACGAAUUCUGUUCAGUCGAGCAGCCCGUCGUCGCAAGUGCCAACCGCGAACCUCUGCGCACGCCCUCGAUCCAGAGUCCUCAAAUGGACCAAUGCGCGUUCCCCUGGACCAAGGCUCUUCAUGCCAGCCCCCCGCAGGCUAUUCGCCAGCUGAGCGUGAUUCCUGACAAUGAGAGCUACUCGGAGGACUUGUUCUCCAAGUCGCAGGCCACGACUGGCUGGCUGUCGGCCUCUGCCGAGACCACCUCUAUGUCCUCGACGCUUGAUUCCAGGCUGGGGGCGUCGAUGAAGUUCCUGGCUGGCGGUCGGCCCGGGAUGGAAGCGACUAACGCAUCUCCCAAGGUUUCGCUGACGGCUGGCUCUCUUCCGGUUGCUAUGUCGUCCGCCCGCAACGCUAUGUCGUCGACGUCUUUCGCACUUGGCCGGCUCAAUGACAUCGUGUCCAAGAGUUGGAGCGAUAUGUGGGAUGAGGACAUUGAGGAGGAAGAGGAAGCCCGCCGCCAGUUGGAGACGUUGAGAGAGAUGAACUCGCGGACUUGGAGUCAUGAGAGCGAAGCCGGGCCCCAGGAGCCAACUGCCAAUUCCGACUGCAUUUUGCCUCGGACUCGGAACGAGAACGACGUUGACGUCGACCUGGCAGAUGGCUUCUUCUUCCAGGAGGCUCCACCUGCCAACAAGCCCAUCUCCGCCACGCCUCGCUACUCUCCACCGCCCAAGCGCAGCCCCUUGGACAAAUGGGUAGCGCUUGGGGAGCGACGUAGGGCUUUUGGAGCGUCGCCGGAUUCGGCCAAGUCACCGGACUUGAUCAAAUCACGCUGCCAGCCUGGGUUUGGUUAUAACUUUGUACACGGGACCAGUACUUGGGAUAAUGUCCAUGGUCAUGGUUUUCUCGGGAACAGUCACAAACUUCAUCGGGAACGGAACACGGAGUGCCCAUGGAACAGGGGCCGAGACUGGCAUUACUGGCGCCGGGAGAAGCGCCACGUUGGAGACUUGGAGUGGGUUGGCGGGUGGCAAGAGUCGCAUUCUUAG